UUUCCAGAACCUCACUCUGAACUUGAAGCUUAUGGAGGGGCGCUUGCAAGAUCGUUUGAGUGAUGCGGCGAAUAGUGUGAUUGAGGAGCUGAGUGAUGCCGUGCAAGAGUCCGAAAGAAAAAGGGAGCAGUUCAUAUUCCAGGGCUUAUCCAAGGCAGUUGAAAGCAUAACUGGAAGGAUCAAGGUGCAGACAGAUGAUGUUGGCAGCAUUGUGCGAUCAGAAGUAUCAGCCAUGGUGGCUGAUGUCCAGACUGCCCUGAGCGACACAGGCAACUUGUUUGCGUCAAAGGCGGAGGACAUUUCCGACAGUCUCAUCGACCUUCUGCAGACUCAGACUCGUGAUGAUGUUAGAAGCAUUCAGGACAUGGUGUUGAGAUUAUCCAAAACACUGUCAGGUGAGCUCCAAACGCAAUCAGAGACUGUAGAGGCGCAAGCUGUAGUCCGGUCUAAACGAUUGGAGCAGUUGCUUGCUGCCACCAUUGAAACUGCUUCAUCCGAAAAGAAAGCCAUACUAGAAGACCUGAAAUCCGAAGUCGUGAAAGGAAGGGAGGCAGCAGUCUCUACUGUUGAGGAGGCGUUAAAUGAGCUCCGGGGUGAGGUGGUGCAAACCUUGGCUGUUCCCAUGGAGACCUUGUUGCAAGGGACAGAUCGUAUUGCUCUGGAACUCGAUGAGGGGUUUGCAGCAGCUGCCAGCAGCAUGAGUAGUGUGUCAACGGAGAUUUCUGAAAACCAGAAAACCUUAGAAGCCCUGGCAUCAAGCAAUGCGAAGCUGGUGGAAGAAAUGGAAAGUGCAAAUCAGGCUGUUGCUGCUGUGCAUGCCGAUGUCCUCCAGUUGAACCAAGAGGUGUUGGCAGGACAGCAGCGACUAGCUGAGUCGAUUGCAGCUUUGAACAUGAACCUCGACUCAUCGUUGAGCCUGGCAGAGGAUGUGCUGCGACAGGGCAAAGAUUUUCAUUUGAAGGAGGUUGCGCACGAAUUCAAAGCAUCUUCGCUCCUGAUAGAUGGAGCCUUUUUGGACUUCAAUCAGCACUGGCUUCCCAAUGCAACAGCGCAGGCGCGACAGUUGUUGCAGUCAUUUACAGACUAUGUAGUGUGCAGGUCCGGGUCUGACGCAUUUGCUGAGUCCUUCGACCAGGGUCACGCCUCAAAGGUUGGUGUGCUGAGUGAGCUGAAAAGUCAUUGGCGAAUCAUUCGAGACCACUUCGCCAUCCUGUCGAGCAUUCUCGUGGAUGGACAGCUGUUGCGAAAUCAGUUUGACACUACUGCGGUGGCCGUAAGACAAGAGGAAGUCCUUAGCAUCAAGAACAGAAUGGCAAGUGAGUGGUCAAGUCCAAAUGCGUGUGGUGGGAUGCUUGGUCCUGAAGCUGCAAAGGAGAUUCGGUCCCUUCUUUUGCAGAAAAUGCAGCAACAACCUCUGACCCUUGCCCGUCGCGUUAGCUCCGUUUGGAAACAGGUCUCCAACAUGGUGCGAGAACAAAGAAGCAUGGGAAGUGCAGUUAGUGCGGCAGAUCUCGAGUAUGUGCGGAAGGCAUAUGUGGCUGUGCUAAAUGAUCUCAUGCAUGUGCGCGACCAGAUAUUAGGUGCCAACAGCGUUCUCCAACAGUUUCACACUGAAGUCCUGGAUAUGCAUUUGCCUUUCUUAUGUCCUCCCCCUCCAAGUUGCACAGCUCAGAUUCUGACUCGGUACAGAGAGUCACGUACAAAUGAGCUGGUGGUUUGGCGGGAGAUAGAUGAUGCAGUGGUGGUGAUUCGACGCCCCUCUGAAUUCCUGCGGUUACAAGGUGUUUUUGCAUGGGAUGUGAAUCUGGCAGACGAGUCAUCUUUGCCUAUGCAGCUUCCCCCAGAGUUUGUUGAGUCUGUGUACCUUUGCCAGUCUCGGAAUGGACGAUACAGUGCCACAAGAGUGGAGGAUGCUGAUGCAUCAGAUGCCUUCAGGUUUUGCAGCAUUCCAGGCGCUGGCGUUCACAGUUCGAGCCGUUGUGGGCAAGGCUCCUAUGGCCAGUUUCCCAUUGACAGCUGGACCCCCGGCAGUGGAGUCACAAGUGAUUUAUUCACACAGUGGGAAGAGGAGGCUCGAGCUGAACGAUUGCUCUCGGCUGAGUGUGGGAAUGGCAUAGUUGAAUUCGGGGAGUUCUGCGACGAAGGUCCAAAGCCGACUGGUGCUUGCAGAGGUUGCGUCGCUGUUGAACCGGGAUGGGAACGCGCCCCUGGAAAAUGUCAGCCAAAGUGUGGUGACGGCCUAGUCUUUGCAGGGGUCGAAGAGUGCGAUGACGGUGGCCUGCUCAUAGGCUGCACUUCAGGUUGUCGAUUGGCUGAGUGCCAGCGACUGGACACAGUAGCAAAACCCAUGUCUUCCGAUGACCUGGAGAUGAAGAUGAUGUGGAUGCAAGCACAUCAAAUGCCUCAACCACCAUCCUCAGAUUUACUUGAUAUGCAAGGCUAUAGGCUUUGUUUCCAGUUCACCAACGAUGGUAGUGGCACUGUUUCCAAAGGUGCUUUUACUGCUUGCAGAGGUGAAUCACGUUUGACAUUCCUGACCAUUUCCGAUCUCAAUCAAACUCUUGCAAGAUACGAUGUCGAUUUGACCCAAGGCCCUGUUUUUGAUGUGCUCCCAGGAACGGCUUGGCUGUCGGGUCCACAUCAGCUCCGAGUGCGGUUUCACAACAACUCAGAUCAUGAGUUGGUGCUCAGCUGUCGAGUUGCUGCUGAUGAUUGGGACUCGUGUGUACUUUGGUCGGUUCGGGAAGGAAUUCCAGAAACCCGACCGGGUUUUUCGGAUGAGGCCGAAUCAAUCAGCUUUUUGAUCUACGCUGCACCGCCUGAGAUUCGAUGGGACUGCUCAAAUCGGACUGUUCCAGACUGUGGUGACGGACACCUGACGGGUUCAGAGGACUGCGACGAUGGGAACUCUGAAGACUUUGAUGGGUGCUCUGCUAAUUGUACUCUUGAAGCUGGCUUCAUAUGUCAAUCACCUGGAUCGCCUUGCAUUGCAACCACAUGUGGCGAUGGGGUUGCAGGAGACUGGCCAACGCUGUGUGAUGCCUUCAGUGAGGGUUGCAAGUCUUGCGUGGUCGAAGCCAGCUACAUAUGCAAGGCAGAUUGCUCGGCCAAUGCGUCUGCUGAUUCCAACGCGGAGCUGGGUGAUUUUCUUUUGAACGGAACUUCGGGCUGUUGCAUACAGGGCCCAGAACCAUCCAACUUUGAUUGUGUGCUGGGUGUCCAAUGUUCCCUCAAGAUCACACGCAUGCCUGCACACAGUUCUCCAGCAGCUUUGAUUUCUCCUGAUGAUGAUGUGGCCUGUGGUGAUCCAUCUAGGGUUGCAGAUUGGACUGGCCCACACCUACGCAAUCCUGCCAAUCCUUUCUAUGUACCUGAAACAUUGACUGCAGUGCCCAGCACAUUGCAAUCCUAUGAAUUUGGUAUUCCACUCACAGGGCACCCCGGAGUAUUCAGACUUUGUUGGGGUUCCGAAUCUGCGGCUGGCAUGGCGAGGCUGCGUGGACAUGGAGCUCGAUCCCUGGAAGCUCAGCAAGUCACGUUUGCCUUCGAAUUGGGCCCAGUGGAGUUGCGCGGCCCACAGCAGCAACAAAGCUUUGAUUGCACCCUUGGCGAGGCAUGCGCUUUGACGUUGGGGGGUUACAAGCUUGGAGAACAGAGUGCGGUCAUAGCCGCUGUUGACAGUUGCGGGCACGGCUUGCGAGUUGCUCCACUCGUCUCCUCGAAGUUGUUGGUGGCGAGUAGUUUCAAUGGAUCCACCAACUGCCAUGUUCGCAUACAGACUGGGAGCGAAGAAGAAGAACUGCUGCAGGCCAUUGAUGGUGUGCGCGCAGUUGUUUUCACAAAGCAUGUGAUGGCAAAUCAAGCUAAAACGUAUUCUACGGGAGAGGCUGCUUUGACACCAUAUGAGCUUGCUGCAAUCUUGAGGGCGCAACCUCCAGGCACCUUAGUUGUUGUUGCAGUGGCUGAUGAUUCGGGGUUCGCAUUUCGAGAUGAGAAGUUUCUGGAGGCUCUUGAAUACCUGGGAGCUCUUGAUGCACGCUCCUUCCAAGAUGGCAGUUCAUAUGCUUUGGUGGGACUGGCCGGCGCUUCUGCUUUAGCAGAAGAUCUUCGUUUGGAUGGUUCAGACAUAGACCAAGAAAUCCACGUGCCUAGUCCACUGGUUCAGAGUGAUGUCAAUGACACCGGCUCGGCCGACUUGGGAACGGUUUUGCAAGGUGCUGCAGCGGACUACCGUGUUUGCUGGGAUUUUCAAGGUGGAGAUUGGGAGGCGCCGUCCAAAUAUCAAGUGGAUAUUGGACACCUUCGUGUUUUUGGGCCUGGUCCAGGCAGGCAGCACUGGCAUUGCAUGGCUGGUGAUUCUUGCAUACUGCAAGUGAAAGGCAUGGGCCUCUCUCUGUCCAAUGAGGUCCUAAUUGGUGAGAUUGGCUCGCUGUCUUGCAAUGAAUCUGAUGCGACCUUGGUCGUCGGUUUGCAGAGCAGAGUAGCUGCAAGUUCUGUGGAGAACGAAUCACUUGCUGUACAUGAUCUUGGUGUCAUCACUGGACGAAGCCUGGGUCAAUUCUCUGUGUGUUGGCAGGCCUCACCCAAUUCGAUUGCCACAGUGGUGGGCAGACUGCUGGUGAUGGAGGUGCAAUGCAAUCUGCAAUCAUCAGACCCGUCGUUGGCGCACAGCUGCUUUGGAAUUGGCUUUCGUGAGACUUGCACAGUCCAAUGUGCAGUGGGUUAUCGUGGUCGUCCUUGGCAGAUGACGUGCCGAUCCAAGGGUGAACUUGAUGGAAGACUGCCGCAGUGUGCCAAAGUUCCAUGUAGCUCCGCUUCACUUCACGCAGUAGAAAUGGGUGGAAGUCACGAAAGGUAGCGGUUACGCUACCUGAGUUUUCCUUUUGCUUUAGCACGUCAACCUGUAUUGAAACCGCUAGACCGCUACAGCUUCUGGAGGUUUUGUCAAGCGUUUGUGCACUAGUCUUUCUUUCAUCACGCUCACUCACUUCUCUUCAAACAAGUGGGGGGCCUCUCACCUCCUCCCGGAUUACGCCUGAUUCCCUG